AUGAACCCCAACCCUAACGAAGACACAGAGUUCAACGACGCGCUCCGCGCGCAUGGCAUCCUCCCGCCGAAGCCUCCCUCGCGCUCGCCUUCCCCCGACAUCCCGCACAUUACGCAGGCAGACGCCAUCCGCGCAGUUGCUGCCAGCGCCGAUGCCGACCAGCUUGGCCAGCUGCUCGAGGCGGACAACCUCGACUCGGACGACGAGCGCAUGUUUGAGGACUACCGUCGCCGCCGCAUGGCCGAGAUGCGCGCCGAGGAGAAGCGCGGACGCUUUGGCAGCAUGGAGCCUCUUGCGCGUGAGGACUUUGUGCGCGAGGUCACCGAGGGAAGCCGCACCAAGGCGGACGGCACCGAGGAGUCGGACGACGAGGGUGAGGCCAAGGACGACUCCGAGGACGAGGACAAGCCCAAGGCUCCUCAAAUGCUCCAGGCUCGUAGGCUGAAGGGCACCGGUGUCAUCGUCUUCCUGUUCAAGGACUCAGUACCCCUCUCCCAGCACCUCCGCCCCCUCCUUCAGCAGUGCGCCGCUGCUCACCCCGAGGCCAAGUUCUUGUCCAUUCCCGCUGGCAUGUGUAUUCCCAACUACCCGGACAAGAACGUCCCUACCCUUCUCAUCUACCGUAAUGGUGACAUGGUCGGAAACGUUGUUGCGGGCGCGGGCCUGAAUGGCAUGAAGACUACAGCACGUCAACUGGAAGCGCUCCUGAUCCGCUACUCGGCGUUGGAAAAGCCGUCCCCAGCGUUGCGUUCCCGCGGGGCCAAUGACAGCGGCAGCGACUCGGAUGGAGGCGAUGUAGGCACCGUCAACGCACGGAGUGGGGGUAUCAGGUCUGGAGGAGGACUGGGCACCGGCAAGGGCCGCCAAGCCAGGGAUGAGGACGACGACAGCGACUUUGAUCUGUGA